CUCUGCUCCUGUCCACUUGCGCAAAAUUGUCAGAAGAGGCAAUUCUUCCCCAUUAAAUGCUUCGUCUCACACAAAGAAGAAAGAAGCCACAAGCCAACACUCUUCUUUAUUGCUACAAUGUUUUCUUUGGUUACUUCUCUAAUAGGAAUGACUUUGGGGUGUGAUUUGUUUGUUUCUCUCUUUCGUUCCUUGGGGCGCGCGGCGGCUCCUCCGUUGGGUUCCUGGGGGCAACGGAGGAACGGCCGCGAGCUCCGGCGGCUCCGCAGCAGCAGCAGCAGCAGCAGCAGCAGCAGCAGCAGCAGCAGCAGCAGCAGCAGCAGCAGCAGAGCUUCUCUCGAUCGGUUUUCCGCUCGACGUUCCACUUGUUCCCCAUCCUGUCCCGUCCCGUGCCGCCCGUGUUCCGCCUCUCCCGGCUCAUGCCACGUCCCGCAAGGCGCCCCUCGGCGGGGCCGCCCCGUGCCCGCCCCUGCCCGGCCCGCCGUGGUUCCGCCUCCGCCGGGCUCUCUCCGUACUGGCUGUGGCGCCGCUGGAAGAGCCGCUCGCUCUGGUGCUGGCGGAGCAGCGCGGUCUUUUGGCUCCGCCUGGCGCGGGCUCUAGCCCAGCCGCAGGCGAGGCCCCGGCCCCGAAAGAAGCCCCUGCGGCGGUUCCGCCCGCAGCCGCCCCGCUGCUGCUCAGCUCCCGCCCUGUGGCCGACAGCGUCGCCGGCAGCUUCCCCGCUCCGAGCUCCGCCUCUCGCCAGCUCGGCCGCCGGCCCCGAGCCGCCGCAGCCCAGGGCGGCUGGGCAAGCAGCGGCGCGCCGGGCGGGCGGGUGCCCCGGGCAGAAGAGCGGGAGCGCGGUGCCGCCCGCACGGGCGGAGAAGCCUCCCCUAGAGCAGCUCUACCGGGAGGGUCCGCUGCUGGGCAGCGGCGGCUUCGGCAGCGUUUACUCCGGGACCCGGCUCGCCGACGGCGCCCCGGUGGCCAUCAAGCGAGUGUUCCGGGACCGCAUCUCAGAGUGGGCGCGGCUGCAGAACGGCGCCCUUGUGCCCCUGGAGCUGGCGCUGCUGUGGAUGGUGUCGCGGCCUGGCUCCCGCGGCGUCGUGCGGCUCCUGGACUGGUUCGAGGUGCCCGAGGGCUUCGCGCUGGUCAUGGAGCGUCCGGAGUACUGUCAGGACCUCUGGUACUUCCUGGACGAGCGGCACUUCCUGAUGGAGCCCGUGGCACGGAGGCUGUUCCGCCAGGUGCUGGAGGCCGUGCGGCACUGCAGCAGCUGCGGCGUCCUGCACCGUGACAUCAAGGCCGAGAACAUCCUCGUGGACCUGGCCACGGGCGAGGCAAAGCUCAUUGACUUUGGGUGUGGCACGAUCCUCCAGGACACAUUCUACACCCAGAUGUCAGGAACGCCGGAGUACAGCCCACCAGAGUGGAUCCUCUUUGGCUGCUACCAUGGCCAGCCAGCCACCAUCUGGUCUCUGGGCAUCCUGCUCUAUGAGCUGGUCUGCGGGCACCUUCCUUUCCACACCAAGGAGGACAUUGUCCGGGGCCAGCUCUGCUUCCCCGCCCGGGUGUCUCAAGAGUGCCAGCACCUCAUCAGGUGGUGUUUAUGCAUGGACCCCACCGACAGGCCAUCCCUGGAGGACCUUUUUGAGCAUUCUUGGCUGCAGGAGCCCUGCCUGGCCCAGGAGACAGCAGAGUGGAUCCCUGUGCACAGUAGGAUCCAGGAGCCCAGCAAGCACCAGCAGCACGAGUCCCGUGGCUCUGGAAGAAAAGCCUGGAGUGUUUCCCUGUGGCUGCAGCGUGGAGGAGAGAGCACAGCCAAGGAGAUGCUUCCGCUGGUCCCCGGCGAGCUGUGGAGGGAGCAGCUCCGAGCUCCCCAUCCUAAUGGAGAAGUGGUGGCAGUGCAGUGAAGGUGCCACGGACUGGGACAGGGGAAACAUCCCCCUGCAGGUCAAUGGCAUCAUGAUGUUGCCGCAAGCCGAAGCACAGCUGGCGUGUUCUUC